CGUCUGAUGGCGCAGAGCCGCCGCGCCGAGCGGAGCGGGAGCGCACAGCCCGGAGAGGGACACCUGUUACUGAAGGAGCGCGUGCCAAGGACAGCCUGUUUUACCUGACCUCUACGCUCCAGAUUUAACCCUGAUCCACACUGUCUGGUGGGACCAUGUGGGUUCUGGAUAAGAUCCGUGGCUCGGUGGAGACCGGCGUUCUGAGACAAGGCGAGGGUGGAGAUAAGAAAGGGGUGGCCCCAGCCUACAGCAACGUGCUGACACCCGACAAGAUCCCAGACUUCUUCAUCCCUCCGAAGCUGGUCAGCUGCCCCGCCGAGCCCGAGGCUCCCAGCCUGAAGCCCAAAGACAGCCUCCACCCAUCCACCUCGGAGCAAACCCUCGGCGGCAGCAGGAAGAUCAGCAGUCCGAGAAGCCCCUGUCUGAUGGCCAAGCUUGCCGGAGACACCAAGAACUUGCUGAAAGCAGCRAACCGCCACAUCAUCCAGAUAGAGAGUGCAGACGACGUCGUGGCCGGAGACACCAACGCAGAUCCGCAGUCGCAGACGGCCAUGUCUCUGCCUUACGUUCCCAAGACACAGACAUCAUACGGGUUCGCAACCCUGAAGGAAAGCCCCCACACCCGACGCAAGGAGUCCCUGUUCCACUGCGAGCUCACCAGCCCCAUCACGUCUCCAAACGUGCAGAGGAAGACCCCGGGGAAAAGCGGCGAAGCCGGGAACCACCUGAACCCCGCCGACUGCAACGCCUCUCACAUGAACCCGUACCGCUACUUCAGCGGAGGCGAGAGCGACACCUGCUCCUCGGCYGAGUCCUCGCCCUUCAGCUCGCCGCUGCUGUCCCGCUCCGCGUCCCUGCUCAAGAUCUUCACCCACGAGACGCAGGCCAAGGUGGUGAGGGCCAAGCGCUCGUUCGCCCGCCACAGCUCCCUCUCCACUGACGAGUGCAGCUCGGCCGAGCCCAGCCCCAACGUCCAGCGGCGGCUCCACGUGCCCUUGCUGCAUGGCGGCGGCGGCGCCGGGGCCUCCGAUGCCGGCCUCCAGCGGGAACACAUCAUCAACCUGCACAAAGGCGGGACGGUGAGGAUCAGCGCCAACUAUGACUCCGGCACGUCGCGCCUGCUCAUCCGGGUGGUGGCGGCGGAGAGCCUCUACGACAAGAACUUCAACAUCAAAAGCAUUAACUGCUGCGUGUCGGUGUACCUGAACCCCGGCAAGCUGCAGAAGCAGAGGAGCAACAUCAUCAAGAACAGCCGCAACCCGGUCUUCAAUGAGGACUUCUUCUUCGACGCCAUCAGCCCGGUUCAGGUGAAGAACCUCUCCGUCAAGUUCAAGGUGGUGAACAAGGGCACCAGCCUGAAGAGGGACAUGCUGCUCGGAGAGCGGGAGGUGGCUCUGACCAAGCUGCUGUCGGGACUCUGAAGCCAAGGGGAGCCACCAAAACUUCUAUUUUUCCACAAUCUACUUCUCUCAUUCCAAAAACACAAAACAAGAGGGUGGGGGAGGAGGGGGGGGGACUUUAGUUUGGGAUCUGAGCUGGCAGUUCUUUACGCAUGAAGGAUUUAUGGUGGUCAAAGUUUACCAAGCUCCAUCUCCCAGUAAAGCUCAUUAAACCAGCGACAGAUGAAAGCGUUUCAGCCAACUUCCUGAGCUCAAAGGUUGGAUGACACGUGUCCAUGUCUCAUGUCCUUCUGUGCUCCUCGUUUGGCUGCAUGGUUGUUAUUGUUUUUUUUUUUAAUAUGUCUUCAUUUAUUAUAAUGUGACAUGAAAUCCACAGGAGCACAGGACUCUGCAUCAGUUCCACCAUCUGCUGUGCGCAGAGAUGCUUUUGUGAAUGAGCGCGAGCUUUGAAGUGGCUCCGCAUCCUGAUGUGCAAAUGAUCCUUUGAUCUCCAGGGGAGGCCACAUUUACAUGCACAUCAAAAAUAGAAUUAUAAUGAUUGAUUAAGUAAGCAGGACUGACACGAUCGGACUGAGACCACAAAGGAUUACACAACACGUCUUUUAUGUGCUGCUAAACUAAAUUUGGGCGGCGUUAUAAAAUGUCACUAAUAUUUAUGACUCAUUAGAAUCCUUCUCAUUCAUCAAUGCAUCAUUUUAAACUUCUUUUUUCUUUGCUGGUGAUUAAUCAGACUAUUAGUUUUUCUAUGGCUGUAUUCAGAUAAGGUACAAAAACUUAAAGACAAUCUUAAACUUUAUCAAAAUAAUGCCACGUUAUUGUUUUCAGUGUCAUUUUGUGACACAUUUUGUCUUUUCAUCCAAUAAAUCAGCUUCAUUGUUGUUUAA